UCUCUCUCUCCUUCUCUCUCUCUCUCCUUCUCCCUCUCUCUCUCUACUGUGGCCUGUGUGCUCUCAGUCUUUUGCGGCACUGAAUAGAUCAGUGAUAUCAACGUGUGCUACGGUGCCAGGCUAACGGUUAUUCUCAGGCACGGGCACCUGCUGACAAAUACAGUGUGAGCGACUCAACAUGGGAAACUGCACCUCAGGGAUAAAGAAGAAAAGAAAAGAUGAGUCUGCAAGAAAUGAUAAGCCUGCCGAGGAUGUGACGUACGCCUCGAUUGACCACAGCACUGCCAAAGGACCGAGAACAUCCAGAGCUGUGAGUGACGACUGUGAAUAUGCCACAGUUCAGGUCCCGGCAGCGCCACAACCUGAACCCGAGUGUGGGUCCUCAUCCAAAGAAGAAUGUGGAGAUGAUUAUGUUCUGAUGGGUUGAAUAUGAAGUUCAUUUGGACCAUUGACGGAUGGAGAACUGGCAGAUAAUAUCAUACACUUGCAGUGUGCUGUUUGACUGAGACAUUUCCAGUUGAACUGAUCAAAUCUUGAUUUUCCAUGACCAAAAUGGGACAAAAUGAAAAAACAAAACCCUUCAAAUCCAACAGCAGCUGUAGAAAAAUAACCCCUGACAUGUUUCCCUUCACUUCUGAGGGAAUCUGACCUCUACAUUCCUCUGUGGUGCUUCUUUCUCAAGGAGAGAAACGUGUCUUGCCUCUUUUCAGCAGAAACCCAACCUCAGGAGAACGUGAAACUGUGUAGCCCUGACUACCCAAAACAUGAACUAAAUAUCAGGAAGCACUAAGUCAGAGUCAGACUCGAUGACAUUAAGAUGCAUAGUGAUUAAUCGGUUCUGGGCCUUGUGUGUGUGUUUGUGUGUUAUAGUCAGAAUCACUGCACAUCACCUAGAACAAUAUAUUAAAAGUUAAGAAUCUUAAUUUUUCAUGUUUUCAUCUGAAUUCCCGAAGCAUGGUGACAUUAGUACAUGAUCUAAGAGUAAUAAAUCCGAGAAAACUGAAAAUGGUGAGAAAUAAAAAUCCAUAAACCCAUUAAUAAUACCGUUUAUUCUGGAGGGGUUGGAAGUGGAACUGGAGCCAGUCUUCUAAAUAUUCUGAUUGAGCAGAUAAAGGUUUGAUCUUCAUCACAGUCUCAAACCUUUACUCCCCCUCUAACCAAAGUUUCACUUAAGCUCAGAUCUCUAAUGUUUGUACAAUAAAUUGGCAAAAAACAAAUCAAUGAUGACAAAAAUGAGGUGUUGAUAAAAUGUACACAUUUCAAAUCAUUUUAAAUGACAUAGUGCUUCCAAUACUGCUACUAUUGCACACCACUUAAACAUAAUACAUCUUAUCUGAGACCUUGUUUUUAAAUUUGUAUUUGUUUCUUAUUUUUUAUGUGUGUGCAUAGACCACAUCUUAGUCUAAGCCUGUAUCUCAUUGGAUAAUUUAUAUGUUUGAAAGCAACAUGAAGUGAUGGAUUAAGUGAACAGUUGUAAUUGACUGGAAUUUUCUUUAUUUCAUUGUGUUUUUUUUUAUAUUUUAAGUUUACGAACUUACAAUUGUGUUUGUUAUUCUGCUGCAUUAAUCACCUGCAUUUCUGAACAUAUCUGAAACAUUUCACAGCAGUGGUCCCUUCGACGUUCAUUAAACCCACGAUUAAGAUUCUUUGCUACAUAUCAUAGAGAGACAAGUAUUUAUUUACUAGAUUAUUAUGUAUAUUCUUUUUUUGCAAUAAAACUAGGCAACAUUGGGGUGAGACAAAUAAUAAUUAUAGUUGCUGCAGCCUUUUAUUUGUAAACUGAAUUUGCAUUAUGCAUUUAAGUAUCAGGUUCUCCUGACACAAAUAAAAUAUCCAUUAUUAAUUUUGCAUUAAAAAGCUGCAGAGGUGAGGUUUGCAAUAAUUCAGCCUGUAUUCCAACAAUUGUCACUUGCCUUUAUUAGCAUUCGGUGAACAUAUAGACAUUUUUUCUGCUAAGUUUGAUCACUCUUCCCGUUCUUACUGUCCAUCAGUAGAUCCUUUUAUUAAAUAAAUCCAGUGUGAGAGAUGGAGGACGACGUCCAAAGUCCUUGUUCCACACACAAAAUAUUGAAUAAAGUUCAGCUGGAGUUAAA